AAUAUUAGAGUAGAAAGAGGGGGUUGGAACUGGGCAAGGUGGGAGAGAGCGAAGGAGCAGAGAGAGCUAUGGAGGAGGUAGCGACGGCGGUGGUGAAGAGAGCAGAGAAGCUAAUGAGAGAAGCCAUGAAGGGGAACGACGCCUCCCACGACGCCUGGCACGUGCUCAGGGUCCGAGACUUGGCCCUCUCCCUUGCUCGCGAGGAGGGCCUCCCCUCUUCCCCUGACUCCAUGCUCGUUGUCAGACACACACACACUCUCUCUCUCUUCUUUGAUUAUAUAUAUAUAUAUAUACACGCGCGCGCGCGAUCCUUACUGCUCCUGCACAAAUUUUUCCCUUUUUGGUAUUUUUGCAUAUUCAGAGAUCCUUCUGAGGAAAGACUCGUCGAGAACUUUCUGGAGAAAGAGAACGUAGACCAAGCCAUAAAGAAUAAGAUAUUGAGCAUCAUCAAGGGGAUGGGUUUUAAAGAUGAACUUCGAGGACUUGGAAGUAUUGAAACUUUCCCAGAGUUUGGGGUGGUGCAGGAUGCUGACCGCCUCGAUGCAAUUGGGGCCAUUGGAAUCGCUCGAUGCUUCACUUUUGGCGGAAGCAGGAAGAGAGUGCUUCACGACCCCUCUAUUCAGCCCCGAGAAGGUCUAUCAAAGGAACAAUACAUGAAGAAAGAGGAGCAGACUACUGUGAACCAUUUCCAUGAGAAGCUUCUCAAGCUAAAAGAUUUGAUGAAAACAGAGGCUGGGAAGAGAAGGGCGGAGAAGAGGCAUAAGUUCAUGAUGGAGUAUUUAGAAGAAUUCUACAGAGAGUGGAAUGGGCAAGAUUGAGAUUUGACUAGCGGCCUGCUACUGCUGCUGCUGGGUUUUGCGGUAAUAGAGAGGGAUGGGGAUGUAAUAUGUCGUGUUAGGAAAGCAAAGGAUGGUUCGGCUUCUCUUGUUUAUUUCUGAGAAUUGCAAUUGCUUUGCUGCUGUGCUGUGCUGUGCCGGGGGUGCCUUUGCCUUGCCUAGUCGUACUCCUACUGGAGACACAAAUGGAAGAAUCCCGGUGACUGCCACUAGAUACACCUUGCGGAAGCUCGGUUUGAAGACCCUAAAGGAAUGGACGCCCUGGUACACCUAUCAUCACCAGAUUGGGGAUGGACAAUUGAGUAUGAAGGGCCGACUUUUGUGACAGUACGAGGUGCCGGACACCAAGUUCCGACAUUUGCCCCCAAAAGAUCUCCGCAACUCAUUAAGCACUUUCCAGGCCGAUCAGAAGCUGCCAUCUUCACCCUUCUAGUGCUCGCUAGGUAGAUAGCCAGCUUAGCUACCACCUCUGGCUCUUAUAUGUAAUCAAAUUCAGCAGCGGGCUCAAAUUCUGUCUCAGAAAUUUGAAUGUGUUAUUAAUAUUCCACCAA